AUGCGGAGCAGCUGUCGCUCACUUGCUCAGUUCCAUCGGUUGCAGAAGCCGUGGUCCGAAGAGGAGGUGCAACAUGGCAGUGGGCGCACGCUGGCGGGCCAGGUGCUGUACCUGACGGUGGCCGGGAUGUGGCCUCGCGGACGGGGAACCCCGUACCUACUGUAUGUGGCGCUGGUGCAGCUGUGCGCCGUCUCCUACGUGGCCGUCGGUCUCGUCAGCAUUCACACCGCCCGAGGGGAUGUCAACAGCAUUUCAUACACGCUGCUGCACACGCUCGAGGUCUUCUCCGGGAUGGUCAAGGCGGGGCUCUUCUUCAGCAAGAGGCUCUCAUUUUACCGGUUGGUGCGAGAUCUGGACCUGAUGGCGUCCGACUACUUGGACCGCCCCGAGCUGGAGUCCGCACGGCGCUGGGCCCGCCGGAUGACCGUGUCACUGAGUGCCUAUAUAUUCGUCGUCAUCUUGCUGUGGCUGCCGACGCCGCUGCUGGCCGGCGGCGACCAGAAGAUGCUGCCGAUGGUACAGAUUCACGGUGUGGACUGGUCGCAGUGGCCGCAGGCGUAUGCUGCGCUCUACGCCCUCCAGUGUGCUGUGCCCCUGACACAGGUCCCCAUCGUCAUCGGACUGGACGGCUUCUUCGUGGCGGCCAUGCUGUACGUGGGAGCCCUGCUGCAGCUGCUGGGUCAACGCGUCUCAGGUCUGCGGCUCGCCGGUGACGGUGCAGCAGACCUGUCUGGUGACGCGGGUCUCAAGAUGCGACAAAUGUUGUAUGCGGAGCUCAGUGCCUGCAUCAACAGCCACCAGAAAAUCACAAAGUUCCUGCGAGACCUGGAGUCCGCCAUGAGCGCCAUGGUGCUGGUGCAGCUGUCCUCCACCAUGCUCAACCUCUGCAUGGGACUCUACCACCAGACCAAGAUAAGGGACGUCCUCACGGCCAUGCAGUACGCCAUGAUCCUGCCCUUCUACAGCAGCCAGAUCUAUUUCUACUGUUGGACGGCUGAUGCCAUCACACAGCAGGGUGCGGGGCUGUCUCUGGCGGCAUAUAGCAGCUGCUGGGUGGGCGCUGGCACCAGCUUCCAGAAGGCCCUCUCCAUUCUGAUGGCACGCGCCCACAAGCCACUGGUGAUCACGGCAGGCCGCCUCUACCCCAUCAAUACAGCUGCCUUCGUAGCGCUGAUGAAAGCCUCCUACUCGUACUACACGUUGCUGAGGCAACUGGACAGCAACUGA